CCUCCUCUCCGGUUGUGCAGUGUCUCAUUUGUGCAAUUCUGAAGCUGGUCGUCUGUUCUCAGUGUUUAUCUGGACGUCAUGGCGGAGGGACGUGGAGAGCUACCGCCUCAGCCGCCACUUCAUCUAUCUUUACCCCCGGCCAGCAAGCGACCGUGCUUGCGCCCGGCUCCUCGAGGGCCUGGUCCGGGGCCUGGUCCGGGUUUUCCGAACUCUCGGUUUCGCUGCCCGGAAUCUCUGUUGGACUGUGCCGCGAAGGCUGUAGCGGAGAAAUGGGCCUUUGAGAGGGUGGAGGAGCGCUUCGAGCGGAUCCCAGAGCCCGUACAGCGCCGUAUAGUCUACUGGUCCUUUCCGAGGAACGAAAGGGAAAUAUGUAUGUAUUCGUCGUUUCAGUGCCGCGUCGCAGGCGAAGAGGGUCCGGCGGUGGGCACAGUGGCUCCCGCUGGAUCCGGGUCUGUCCCUGGAGGGGUUACCAAUACGACGGCCGCCGCCGGGGCAGCUGGCACCGGAGAUGGACUGCCUUUCCGCCGAGGCAUACGACUUUUGGAGACUGGUUGUGUGGAAAAUGUCUUACAAGUCGGUUUCCACCUCAGUGGCACGGUCAUGGAGCCCGCCUCCCAGUCGGAGCCUGAGGUCACCCACAAGGUGGCCAUCAGCUUCGACCGCUGCAAGAUCACCUCGGUCACCUGUGGCUGCGGCAACCGCGACAUCUUCUACUGCGCCCAUGUGGUGGCCCUGUCCCUGUACCGCAUCAGGAAGCCAGAGCAGGUCAAGCUGCGGCUGCCCAUCUCAGAGACCCUGUUCCAGAUGAACAGAGACCAGCUACAGAAGCUGGUGCAGUACCUCAUCACAGCCCACCACACAGAGGUGCUGCCCACCGCCCAGAAACUGGCCGACGAGAUCCUCUCAUCCAACUCUGAGAUCAACCAGGUCCACGGGGCCCCGGACCCCACGGCAGGGGCCAGCAUCGAUGACGACAACUGCUGGCACCUGGACGAGGAGCAGGUCAGGGAGCAGGUCAAACUGUUCCUGUCCCAGGGAGGGUACUACGGCUCCGGGAAGCAGCUCAACUCCAUGUUCGCCAAGGUGCGGGAGAUGCUGCGGAUGCGUGACUCUAACGGUGCCAGGAUGUUGACCCUAAUCACUGAACAAUUCAUGGCCGACCCUCGCCUCGCUCUGUGGCGGCAGCAGGGGACAGGCAUGACGGACAAGUGCCGGCAGCUAUGGGACGAAUUGGGUGCCCUGUGGGUGUGCAUCGUGCUGAACCCGCACUGUAAGAGCGAGGAGAAGAGCGGCUGGCUGAAGCAGCUGAAGAAGUGGGGCGACAUGGACAUCUGUCCCCUGGAGGACGGCAACUACGGCAGUGAGUUGCCCAACAUUACCAACGCUCUACCACAGAGCAACCUCGCCCAGGACUCCCUGGCCCGGCCCAGACGGACCGUGUUCACGCGGGCCAUGGAGGCCUGUGAUCUCCACUGGCAGGACAGCCACCUGCAGAGGAUCAUCAGCUGUGACUACUACAUGUCCCCAGCCUACCAGAGAGAGGGAGAGAGUCUGCUCUUCAACCCCCAGGGCCUGCCUCUAUGGCUAGAUCACGUCCCCACGGCAUGCGCGCGGGUCGAUGCCCUGCGUUCCCAUGGUUACCCCCGCGAGGCACUGCGGUUGGGCGUGGCCAUCAUCAACACCCUCCGGCUGCAGCAGCACCGCCAGCUGGACAUCUACAAGCACCAAAAGAAAGGUAGCGCCCCCUGUCUGCCUGGAGACAGUUCACUGUUCUCAUUAGAGCUGCUCCAGAAGGGGAUGACCAGCACUACUAACCUCGAGGGCUGGGUGGGACACCCCCUGGAUCCCAUCGGCUGUCUGUUCACCACCCUCACUGAGACCUGCCGGGUAGAGGACGACAACGCAAUGGACACUGGAGACUCUGGAGAGCCCAAGCCGCCUGUGUACCAUCAUGUGCCCGUGUGGGGUUGCCCGGAUGGCGGGGAGUCCUACCUGGCACUGGCCCUGGAGGUGGCGCUGAUGGGCAUGGGGCAGCAGCGUGUGAUGCCUGAAGGUCUCUAUGCCCAGGACAAGGUGUGUCGGAACGAGGAGCAGAUCGUGGCCAAGCUGCAGGAGAUGGAGCUGGAUGAUCUGCUGGUCCAGACGCUGAGAAAACAGGCUAUCCUCCUACUGGAAGGGGGUCCGUUCAGUGGCCUGGGUGAAGUCAUCCACAGGGAAAGCGUUCCCAUGCACACCUUUGCCAAGUACCUGUUCUCAGCCCUGCUUCCCCAUGACACAGACCUGGCCUACAAACUAGCACUGCGGGCCAUGAGGCUCCCUGUGUUAGAGUCGACUGGUCCCUCGGGAGACUUGGGUCACCCCCACCAUGGCAUCAGCAUGGUGCCCAGCCGCUACCCGCGCUGGUUCACCCUAGGCCACCUGGAGUCUCAGCAGUGUGAGCUGGCCUCCACCAUGCUCACCGCAGCCAAAGGAGAUAUGUUGAGAUUGCGGACGGUGCUGGAGGCCAUCCAGAAGAACAUCCACUCCUCCUCCCUCAUCUUCAAACUGGCCCAGGAUGCUUUCAAGAUCGCCACUCCGGCUGACAACCCCCCAGACAUCACCCUGCUCAAUGUAGCUCUGGAGCUGGGCCUGCAGGUAAUGAGGAUGACUCUGUCUACUCUGAACUGGAGACGCAGGGAGAUGGUGCGCUGGCUGGUCACCUGUGCCACAGAGGUGGGUCUACGAGCGCUGGUGAGCAUCCUCCAGAGCUGGUACACCCUGUUCACCCCCACCGAGGCCACCAGCAUCGUCGCAGCCACCGUCAUGUCCCACAACACCAUCCUGCGCCUCAGCCUGGACUAUCCCCAGAGAGAGGAGUUGGCUAGCUGCGCCCGGACGCUGGCCCUGCAGUGUGCCAUGAAGGACCCCCAGAACUGCGCCCUCUCGGCCCUCACGCUCUGCGAGAAGGACCACAUCGCCUUCGAGACGGCCUACCAGAUCGUCAUCGACGCCGCCUCCACAGGCAUGACGUACUCUCAGCUGUUCACCAUCGCCCGCUACAUGGAGCACCGCGGCUACCCACUCCGAGCCUUCAAGCUGGCCUCGCUGGCCAUGACCCACCUCAACCUGGCUUACAACCAGGACACCCACCCGGCCAUCAACGACGUGCUCUGGGCCUGCGCCCUGUCCCACUCGCUGGGCAAGAACGAGCUGGCCGCCAUCAUCCCCCUGGUGGUGAAGAGCGUGCACUGCGCCACCGUGCUCUCGGACAUCCUGCGUCGCUGCACCAUGACGGCCCCGGGCCUGGCCGGUAUCCCCGGGCGACGGAACUCUGGGAAGCUCAUGUCCACGGACAAGGCUCCGCUCCGGCAGCUGCUGGACGCCACUAUCAGCGCCUACAUCAACACAACCCACUCCCGGCUCACUCACAUCAGCCCCAGACACUACGGAGAAUUCAUAGAGUUCCUCAGUAAGGCCAGAGAGACCUUCCUACUGGCCCAGGACGGACACAUCCAGUUUGCCCAGUUUAUAGACAACCUCAAACAGAUCUACAAGGGCAAGAAGAAACUCAUGAUGUUGGUACGGGAACGCUUCGGCUGACCCCUGGGGUUCCCCCAACAGGACAGGCAAUAUGGGGAACACCUUUUUAUUUCCAAUUAAUCAUGUAUUUAAGUUUUCAUUUCCAUUUAUUUUGUCAUUUACGUGUCAAA